GGAGAAAGGAAGUGGGAGUGUAAGCGAUUUAGUUAUAGCUUCUCAUGCAAUCAUUCGUGGUAGCCUUCAUAUUUUGUACAGCUCGCCUAUUUUUCUUCAGCAGCAUCAUUCAUCCAAAAAGCAACCAUCUUCGGAGCGCAAUUCAUAUUAAAAUUAGCUGCGAGUAUCUGGCAAAAACCCAGGGCGGGGUGUCCAUAUAAAACCGCGGUAAAGGUCAAGUAAUCCGCAUGUGCAAGUGCGAGUUCCUUUGUGCAAAGGUAGAGUUAAGUGCCCGCCACAGCAAAAUGCAGACAUCGAUGCAGCUGAUUCCUAUAGCUGUCCUAGCAGCAAUACACGCAGUUAUCAGCAAUCCAGUUGGAGUCUCAGUUGGACUACCCGAGACUCCUGAGAGACCUGAACGAUAUCAUCCGAUUUAUUCACUACAUCAUGCUCAAGAUAAGCUAGGACAGUAUGUCUAUGGGUAUGCCACUCCAACAGCAGCAAAGAGUGAAACUAAAAGCGCAGAUGGAGUUACAAGGGGUGGUUACUCGUAUAUCGACACAAACGGCAUUCUCCAAACAGUCCACUACACAGCUGAUGCUUUGAAUGGCUUUCGAGUCGCAGCCACUAACCUACCCAAAGACCUCCCCGAUGUCGCAUAUGCGAAAGCGAAGCACAUUGCCGAUUUUCAUGCUAUCAAAGCCAACCGUGAUCAGAUUGCAGCGAUAAAGGCUGUGCCUUACUCCAACCCUGUUGCGGUGCCAGUAGAUCAUGUGCCUUAUAUUCCGGAACAUCAACAGCUUCCCCAGCCAGUAACAGACCUGCCCGAAGUAGUUCAAGCUAGAAAUGAGCAUUUAGCUGUCCUGAACGAAGCAUAUGCAAAUGCACACCACCCUAUUGUACCGCUCCCAGCGCAGGAUCUUCCAGAGGUGCUCAAAGCAAGGGCAGAGCACUUAGCUGCGUUUGAGCAAAUAAGGGCUAGAGACGAAGCUAUCAGGGCAGCCGAGAUCAGCUUAAGUCCUGUUCCUGAACAUGUGUCUGAAGGUGUGGUUCCUAUUAAAACUGCGCACAGCACCUAUGUGAUACCUGACUUACCAGUGGCUCAAUCUGCACCGGUAGCCUAUACGCCAAUUUUAAUCCAUGCACCUAGUUCCGCUCAGUUCCAAACACAAGACCAUUGGGGACAAUAUUCCUAUGGAUACGUUGGUCCUCUAAGCUCCCACUCAGAAUCAAGAGCAGCUGACGGAGUAACUCGUGGUGGCUAUAGCUAUAUUGACGCCAAUGGAAUAAUCCAAACCGUGCAUUACGUAGCAGAUCCAGUGCAUGGCUUCAGGGUCGCAGCUUCAAACUUACCGAUUGAUGUACACCACCUAGCAAAAGCGUGAAACACUGCCCGAAUCCAGACUCUAUAAUUAAGGCAUGUUGAAUAAGAGGUUCGCGCAUACUACUACUCUCUAACGAACUUCACUUACUACUUAACGAUAAUUCUUUUAGAGUUUAAGCUUACAUUCAGCUUCGUUCUAUAAAGUUAUUCUCGUUGAUAAACGUUUGAAAAAUGGAUUUUAUAUUGAACUUUGAUACCCUUCAUUGCUUCCGUCAAUGAUAUCUUUACGAGAAUGCUGACAGAUCAAAAUAAAUAUCUGUCAUUGCUGACUACUAAAAUAGGUUAUCGUAGCAUGUCGAAAGAGACAGAAUACAAAUAGUAGAGGGACCCUGUUCUGAGGAAGAUGUCUUUGACGCAAUAAUGCCCGGUAUGACAAAGUCACCAAAGUGCUAUGUAUUUUUUCAGAUAAGGAUCUUCGAAAGAGGUAUUUGAUUUGACCUUGAGGCGCAUGGCCCUGAACAAAUUAAAAAGAUUUGUCUAAUUUACUCGAAAACGAAUUCACUGAUUUUAAAAUAUCAAAAUAAAGGACUUCGAAAGACUUUCCAAACAAGCUAUUACUCGAUACCCCUUGUCUUUAAUUUUUCUAAGGGAAUCACCCUGGCGGGCCGAGGGUGAAAGGGGGUGAAGUAGUUUUUGGUUAAAAAGUUGUCCCCCUUGAAAAAUAUUUCUUUUAAUCAGUGGUUUCUGAUAAAUCCGUGGUGAGAGGUUUUCAAAUGAACAUCCUGUAUACUUGGACGUAAAAUUUUCCAUUAUUUUGAUUGCCAGGGUCAGAAAGGAGCUUCCCGUUAAAUAAAGCAAUCAUUCAACUGCUUGUUCAAAGCUGAUAGAAACCCUUUUUCAAAAAUACCUUACCUUAAAAAUACGGAGCCGUUUCGUUGCUUUUGUUACACCGAUAUAAAAUAAAUGGCUACACAUCUUCUUAUAGAGUCGUAAAGGACAGACACUAAAUUAAAACUAUGCUGAGCCCAUAUCUAACCUUAUAUCUGCUAUAUCACGUCACCAAGUUUCCUGACCUAAAGGACUCACUUGGUAGGAAAACCAGUACGUUAAUGGUAGUGUCUCCACGUGGUCACCAAUUCCUGUUUUUUUUUAUAGGAGACUUCUAUCUGAAGUAUGUGUAUUUGGAGACUUAUGCGGUCGAGAUUUAUUAUUAUAGCAUUAAUAUUACAUUUUAUAUUAACAUGUUUACGUGCGAAAGUCUAUAUUUAUCCAAUGUUAUACCCUACCUAUACAUUACAAGAUUUCAAAACGUAGUCAUAGGUACAAGCAUGCCAAACACCAAUUAAAUGUAUAGUGUGGUUCAUUAGAGGUAAGCGCUUUUUGAGAUGAAACGUGUUUCAUUUUUGUAUACGAGUAUAUUAUUUACCGAGAAUGCUAUGCCUAGGUGCUGAUGGAUACCAUAGACUAUCGAGCUGGAGGGAUGGAAAGGCGACCCAUAUUCUUUUGUGGGGGAAUACAUGCGCUUCCAAACAUUCUGACUCUGCUAUUUAGAUCCGAGGUUGGUCGCUCCUCAUUCUAUGGAAAACCGUCUACAAAUCAAAAAACGGACAACAAUAAACAACAAAAGUUUGUGAGAGUUCAAUCUGCUCACUUCAAAGGAUAUAGCUUCCAGUAGCGUUUGAUGCUCCUAAAGGCAGCCGCAUUUGCGGGCUGCCAGAUUGAAAUGCUGAAGAGAAGGAAUGUCUACCCUAGGUGGUCCUGAGCUUCGCUGGUUUUGCGCUAUGCCAUCUUAAAAUUGCAACGAUGGCUUCGCGCAAUCUCAACGGCUCAUAGGCAUGUAGAGAUGAAAGAAAAGUCAAACGAAGUGUUACCUGGAAGACAACUAAACAAAAUAUGCUUUUAUCAGAAUUGCCAAUUUUACUUGAAAUAAGCCACCUUAGUGAACGAUACAUUGUCGUCGUCAGUAAACAGCAUUUCAAGCAUAUACUGUUUUGUUGCGGUAGUAUUGGGCAUCCUAUUUGAAACCCCCCAACACUUCAAACAAAUGAUUCCCUUCUCCCUAAGCAUUUACUACUGAAGACCACUUUCUGGUAUAUUUUUCCCAUACUAGUGAAGCCCUCUACCAUUUUAGUAUCGAUAACUGGAUGAAACGUGUUGUAUCAGGUUCUAUAUCGUAGAUUGUCCUAAAAGGGGUCAAACUAAGGCAUGUCCUCAAGAGUUACCGGAUUCUGUUUUUGUCUAUUUUUUUAUUUAUGUGAUUGAAAAUAUCAUGUAAGUUUCAUUGAUUUUAAGUUUCAACAAAUUGAGUGAUACCAACCUAGCUCUGUACCUAAAUUGGUAUGUCAAUGACUAGCUGGACUCAAACCAAUAGAUGCAUCAGAAGAAACCAAUCACUGUACCUGUGGCAGUUUACUUAAAGAUCACCAGAAAAUUAUUUAAGAAAUGUGCGCUCACGGUAUUUCAAAUACAUAUUAACAAAUUAACAAAUAUCGGUUUCACAGCGUCAGUCACUAUGAAUUAUAUAUGAUGUUCAAAAUUAAGAUACAUAAAAAGGCAGAUAGAACCCUUAAAUCAAUCACUCAUCAUCCUACCCUACUUUGAAUGAAUGAGUCAAACAAGCUUGAAAGACUAUAUAUGAAAAGAUCGCCAAGAACUUCCGUACAUUGAAAAAGGUUCCUUUACCUCAUUGACGAUUGGCAUACUAUAGAUGAAUAGGAUUACUGCAGGUACUGUCAUUUGUUUAGGUGAACAUUCACAGAUAUCUUACAGCACUAACAUACUGCAAUAGCUUAGCUCGCCACGUACCUAGAUAUUAAAGUUUACCAGCAUGGCAUUGUUGUCCUUUUCAUAGUUGCUCUUUGUUGAACACAUGACUGAUAUGUCAUCCUCAAUGUUAGUGAACUAGACAGCUUUCAAUUGAGUCGGGAGCGUUCUUAGUAAAGAUAGUGAUAAGCAUUGCGGCGAGAUAAUCCGCUUCACUAUGCUUUAUAUCCUGAUUUGCUUUCGGAAAGUCCCAGUUAGAGGUUUAUUACAAAUAAAUCAAGUUAACUUUCUUGCUUUCAAUUAUCGGAUUUAUUGCUCGAUAUCUUAUCUCUUAAAUAUCACAUGUCAUCUGGUAGAUAUACACAAC